GCGGAGGGGGCAGAGGCCGGAAGCUCGGCUCCUGGCCGGUGAGUCCUCCGAGACGGAGGGCAGAGGUGGUCCUGGAGGCCACUGAGCAGGGGGCAAGCUCCCAGGCACAGGGCGGCCAGCGGAGAGAGACACCAGCAAGUGGCCAGAGGGCCAGUGCUAAGGGCCAGGGAAAUGGGAAACCGAAGGAGUCCGAGGGGCCUGAGCGGAGGCUGGAUCGGGAGGGGCCGGUACUCGGGAGCGGGGAGUGUGUGUCCCGGGGUCCCAGGGCUGGAGGGCAGCGGUGCUUCUGAAGCUGACAGCGCAGGGGGCCGAGAGGCGAGGCCGUGGCCUCAGCAGAGACUGCCGGACACCAGAGGCGGAGGACGGAGUCACAGGAGGAGAAGGCAGCGCGGGAACAGGGAGGAGGGGAACCUGAGACAAGAAGAAGCAGGUUCCAGGCCAGCCUGCUUGACAACAAACCAAAAGAAUCAUCGGACAGAAGCAGCUGCAGUGUGCUCACGGCUGCCCACGGCCCUCGUCUGCAUGGGAAGGGCCUCAGCUCCCUUCGCAGGCGAAGUGGGAGCGCGUGCUGAGGGACGCACACGCAGGCAGGGCCGCGCAGCCGUGGACAGCGGGAGGAGGCUCCCCCGCACUGAUGAGCUCUCUGCGUUUAGAGCACAGCGUCAUGCACUUCCACGCGGGACUGCCGGGACGCUGCCCGUGUCUGGUGUGCGCACACUGACGCGAGAGAGGCGGCUUUCUGCACAUCUCCUGUCCUUCACUUCGCAGGCGGAUGCUGUCACGCGGUCAUUGUGAUGGAAAACUUGUAGGACUACAGGGAGGGGACAGGCGUGGGUAUUCUCAAAAGUCUUAUCGAGUGAUGGUGCUCUGGCUGAAACACUGAUUUUAUUUGGUUUUGGGGACUAUUAAAAGCUUAAAACUAAAAAAGUUUUAAAAAACCCAAAGCAAACUGCAAAACAUAUAAAACUAUGAAGCAGGGUGCACAGCCUGAUGUCUUUUGCUCAUGGAAGAAGGGUGGCCAGAGUGGAUGGGGCAGAGGUAGGUCUUCUUAACGCUGUGACAAUUUUGAAUUUUGAAUCGUGUGACUAUGAGAUCCAUUCAAGUAAAAGUUGAACACCACAGAGACAGAAGGAAGUCAAAUCCUGCUUCACUCACCCACGGUGGGACCCUCACUUCAUCGUCCUGUCCUGGAUUUCUUAGUCUGUACAUAAAGCUGGGAGAACAAAUCCUGUUCAUCACAUGUGUUUUCAGCAAAUGAUACAGUACAUGUGGAAAUGCUUUUGAACCAUGAAACAUCGUCGGGGAAAGAAAACACAUUGUUAUUUUUCUUAAAGCAGCUUGCAAGCACAGGUACAUACAAAGUAGUUGACAAUCUAACCCCGGACUACUUGCAGACAGAACCCGCCGGGGUUCAUUCAUCCACACAGCUCACUCGUUCAUCUUCAUUUAUUAGUUUAUCCUUCUCAACUCCAUUUACCCGCAAAACACUUCUCCAGGCCAGAGCGUGGGGACGGAGCUGUUGGACUUCCCUGACCCUGUUCCCAUCCUCCUCCCAGCCUCUGCCACCCAGAUCCACACAGCUGCCCAGGGAGCAGCACGCCCUCACUUCUGCCCACAACCCGGCACCUCUGCUGUCCCCUGGUCCCCCAAACCUGCCUCUGGGCUCCCACCUGUGUGGGAAGCAGCAUGGUGGGAAGCCCCGGAGGGAGAGCUCCGGGAGGGGAGGGGUGGGGCUCUCCUCUGGCCGGAGGGCUGGCAGCCUGGCUUCCUCCUCACCACGGAAACCUCUGCUGGAGAUUCCUCUGCCUUCCCCGCCUUCGAGUGCUCACCUGGCUUCCGCACCCGGGUUGUCUGACACUGGACGGGAGUUGGAGGGCGUCCAUGGCAAACCAAAUACAACAGGGCUAUAA